UUCGUGUUUUUUACUUUUUUAGGGGGUUUAGAAAUCGAGUUUCUUCGAUUUCUAAUCAAUAUUCUUAUUUUGGUUGUGUCUUUAUCUGCGGGGGACGUCGCGACAUGCGAUGGGGUGGGAGGUGUGGACGGACUUCCUUCACCGCCAGUUGUGGGCAUUCGGGUAGCGCCGGAGGUUUGGGAGUUGCCCCCCGCUGCGCCGGAGGUUUGGGAGUUGCCCCCCGCUGCGCCGGAGGUUUGGGAGUUGCCCCCCGCUGCGCCGGAGGUUUGGGAGUUGCCCCCCGCUGCGCCGGAGGUUUGGGAGUUGCCCCCCGCUGCGCCGGAGGUUUGGGAGUUGCCCCCCGCUGCGCCGGAGAUUCCGGUAUUAGCGCAGCCACUUAUACCGGACCUCCAAAGGCAGGACGAGCUGUACCGGCGGUUCUUGGUCAAUACGUUAGGGGAGAAUCCAACCCUACGUAGAAUUACCGAGACAGUCUCGGUACAAAGCCAAAUGGAAGGGUUAAUGGAAGCUGCAUUAAUUCAUUUGGGAU